CAUAGCUUCCCCCCCUCCCUGGAGAGGGCGGCACAAGGCCGCAGGCGCACCUCUCCGCCCCCCGCGCGCCUUGGCCGCCGCCCCCGGGCCGCGCCGCCCCUCUGGGGCUCAGCCACGGGUCGCGAGCGAUGGGCGCGUCGUCCGCGGGGCAGGGCUUCGAAGACAGGUACGAGCUCCAGGAGGAGCUGGGUGCAGGCUCCUUCGGUCAGGUCCGGGCUGCCAUCUCCAUCAAGAGGAGCCCCGCCUCGACGCAGAAGGCCGUGAAGUUCCCUUCGACGCAGCACCGCAGGGAUUCGUGGGGCGUCGACGAGGAAGUGCUGCGGGCCGCCAAGCAGACACGUGUUGACCGCGCCACCCCUCACGACCCGCCACGAGCUUCCCAGGAAGCAAAGCUGUGGCGAAAGAUUGGCAAGCAUCCGCACUGCAUCGAACUCCUCAGGACGUUCUCUGAGGGCGGCGUGUUCAUGAUGGUGGCGGAGAAGGCCGACGCCUCCCUGACGGAGAGGUUGCGCGAAGUGCGGAACCUGCCUCAGGAGGGCUUGUUGCGGAUCGCGCGCGACAUGAUCUCGGGGGUUGCGCAUUGCCACAAACGCCGCGUAGUCCACAGGGAUAUCAAGCUGGAUAAUUUCUUGAUAUGUGGCGCGGCCGGUGCCGUGAAGCUCUGCGACUUCGGGCUCUCGGCCAGGAUGCCGCGCGGGGGUGGCUUGCUGUACGGGACGCACGGCACGGCGCCGUACAUGUCUGUGGAGAUGAUCUUGAAUAGGGGACACGACACGAGUGCUGACAUGUGGUCCUUCGGCGUGAACCUGUACGUCCUCCUGUACGGCGAGUUCCCGUACAAGCCCAAGACACCUUCCUCGGCAGCAAUGAAGCAGGCCGUGGUGACGGGCGUGCCCCUGCCCACCUUCCGGGACCGCGGCGGCGCUGACAGGCGCGAGUUGCAGCGCCCGCAGCAGCUCGUGAGCCUGACGAAGCGCAUGCUGGAGCGCCACCCCAGCUGCAGGUGCAGCGCCGCGGACGCUCUGAGCACGCUGAGCCCAGCUGCCCCCAGCGUCGGUCUCUUCUCCCUGCCCGCACCUCCUCCCUCCCUUCCUCGCUCUCCUCGUGGUCCUCGCGCGGGGGCAGCUCCAGCGACAGCCUUGGCUCGGCGUGAGGCGCUGUGGGCGGGCGCCGUGUGCGCGCUGGUUGGGCGUGCCUCCCCCUGGCCGUUGUCCCGGGACUAUACUGCGCUCCACGAGGGGCAGGAUGAGGACACCAUCUAUAGUGAAGGCGCGGCGCUGGGGUCAUGGAGCGAUCCAAGCUAUCCGCAUAGUUGGCGUGAUGUGUAAACGUCACAUCAGCACAGAGGUGGUCGUUCUGCUUUAGAAGCGUUUCUCUGCAUGCCGCACAGUCUCAAAGUUACAGGAUUGCAGCGAUGCGUACUGCAUGCAAACUUGCCGAUAUUGUGCCGAGAGAUUCGUUGCUUGCGGCGCCGUGCCGCACUUUUUUUGUUUAGUUCGUUUUGCAGCAAGCGUGCUCGAAGCUGCGCGAGCCUGCUCUGAGCUCGCCCGAGCGGCUGCCGUGGGGGCAGUCACUUCGCGGUGGCUCCUCAUCCGUGCUGUCUUUGAGUUGCUCACACAAGCAGUGCAGCACAGCACGUUCAUACACUCGACCCGCACAGUAAGGAUGAUCGAUGUCCCAUGACCCUUACAUCCUGACCUCGCAUCCUGACUGCAUGGGUUGACUGUACACAUUGUUUACAUGUUGGUGCAUGUGCAUCGCUUGGCCCACGCUGUUACAGUUGCAUGCAGUGUCGGAGCCGCGGUGGAUGGCGCCCCCUCGCGAAACACCCACCAAGAGGUGUUGACCUCUCUUGGCCAGGCAAAGGGGUCGAGCCAGGGCGCACAAUUGGCCGCUGACGGGCGAGGGGCCUCGAUGUACGAGGUCAGCGUUUCACGACCUCCUCCUCUGCGUUUCGCAGGAGGCAGAGAGUUUUUUUCGCAGACUUGGACAGCUCGCAAA